UCCGAUUUUUUUGGCCUCGCGUCGGACGGCCGGACGAGAGCGUUACCCUUUGCGUAACCCAGCCGGCCGGGUUGGUUACUGCCUGGCUCCGAGGCGAUGGCGGCGGCCAUCACCACCAGCUUGGCCUCCCCCGCGUGGGCGUGGCCUCGCGCCGCUCCCGCCUCCGCCCCGCGCGGUGCCCAGUGUCGUGCGUCCGCGUCCGCGUCCGCGGCCGACCCGGCGUUUCACCCGGCAGUGUCCCGCGCGGCGGAGUCGCUGCAGGCGGAGUUCCGCGCGGUGGACCGCGCAAUCGCACUCAACUCCUCCCGCGUCGCCGCCGCCUUUCGACGAGCCCGCGUCGCCCCGCACCACUUCGGUGGGUCGACGGGGUACGGCCACGACGACGGGGGCGGCAGGGAAGCGCUGGACGCCGUCUUCGCCGAAAUCGUCUGCGCCGAGGCUGCCAUUGUGCGCCCCCAGUUCUUCUCCGGCACGCACGCCAUUGCAUGUGCUCUGUUUGCGCUUCUGAGGCCUGGGCAUGAGCUCCUGGCGGUGGCUGGGCCUCCGUACGAUACCUUAGAGGAGGUGAUUGGGAUCAGAGGGUGGGCCAAUGUAGGGUCACUCAAGGAUUUCGGAGUGGCGUACCGAGAAGUUCCGCUUGCAGCAGAUGGUGGCCUUGAUUGGAAUGCUCUUGCUUGUGCCAUCAGACCAGAAACUGGAUGUGCUUUCAUACAGAGAUCUUGCGGAUAUUCAUGGCGCAAGAGUCUAAGCGUUGCAGAUAUUCGCAGAGCUAUAGAUUUGAUCAAGAUGCAAAAUCCAAACUGCAUGGUGAUGGUUGACAAUUGCUAUGGUGAAUUUGUUGAGGCAUCGGAACCUGCAAUGGUGGGAGCAGAUUUGAUUGCCGGUAGUUUGAUAAAGAACCCAGGUGGAACUAUUGCGCCUUGUGGUGGUUAUGUUGCUGGGAAGAAAGAUUUGGUUGCAGCAGUUGCAGCUCGCCUAUCUGCACCUGGCCUUGGGGUGGAGUUUGGGUCAACACCCGGCCAUGUUAUGCGUGCACUGUUUCAAGGCUUGUUUCUUGCUCCACAAAUGGUUGGAGAAGCAGUAAAAGGAGGUUUGCUAAUUGCGGAAGUCAUGUCAGCCAAGGGCUAUAGAGUUCAGCCACUUCCGAGGGUUCCUCGCCAUGAUAUUGUGCAGGCAGUAGAGCUUGGCAACAGAGAUAGACUCAUAGCGUUCUGUGAAGUGGUGCAACAGACUUGCCCAGUAGGAUCUUUUAUAAAACCAACUGCUGGGGAAACUCCUGGCUAUGCUUCAGAGGUCAUUUUUGCUGAUGGUACAUUCGUUGAUGGAAGCACAAGUGAACUGUCAUGUGAUGGGCCCUUAAGAGAUCCAUACGCUGUCUUCUGUCAGGGAGGAACACAUUGGACACAGUGGGCACUUGUCCUCAGUGAAGUUCUGAAGGUCAUAUAACUGUGUGGUGCCAGAGUAUUGUCAUAUUUCCGGAAUGGACAGGCUCUUUCUUAACUAUAUUUGAGUACUGGGAACUUGAUAUUUGUUGACCUGAUUACCAUCGGAUUUGGCACAACGUCAAGUGGGUUUCCUGCUUUAAGCCUACCAUGAUGACGAGUGACGACAUCUGUUAUGCGGAUCACCAACGCAUGCUGUUUCUUUCAGUUGAACCGAUUAGUGAUAAAAAGCAAUGGAGAUUUUCAAGAUUGUUAAGAGUUUAGUAGCCUGCAUUGAUUGAUUGCUAUAGUAACUUCAUUGCAAGCUAAACCCUCGAGGAGACUCGAUACCUUCUGCCAUCGACUUGCCAGUUCAUUAGGGAUGGGACUUUGAGCUGUAUGGAUUAGUUAAAAUGCUCUGCAAGCGCUGUAAGAUGCUGCAUAUGCUUGCAACUUCCGCAAAGAUAGGGACUAGGGCCACGAUGACUUUCACGACACGUUUAGGAUUAUUUUGUGUAACAUAACUUCAUUAUUGCUCACGUUAGGAUCAUUUUUUUAAUCACGCCUCUUGAUUAUAGAUGUUAAAUUGCGGAGUCCUGUACUCCUGUACACAUUUCUCAAAAAACAAAAAAUUCUGGCUGCUCAAGGAAAUUUUGAUGAA